ACAAGUAAUUUAGUUCAUCAUCUAAAUCCUCUAUCUUUACAGUCUCUCUCUCUUCCUGCUCCAAAAUGGCCGCAAUAACAUCUCUGUCUUGUCUCCUUCCCCAAAAACUCUCACUCUCUUCUAGAACCCCGCAAAACCCUACUCUCACUUGCGUCUCUAUCUUCUAUACACCCUCAAGAUACGGUCAUCUGGCUAAAAGGGGUAAUGGCGUGGUUGCAAAGGUGUCAAUGUCAAUGGCGGAGUCAAUCUCGAGGUUUUCGGUUUCCGACAAAAAAAAGACCGAAAAUCCGAUCGUCGUCAUCGAUAAUUAUGAUAGCUUCACAUAUAAUCUUUGUCAGUACAUGGGAGAACUGGGAUGUCACUUUAAGGUUUAUCGGAAUGAUGAACUAACUGUGGAGGAGUUGAAAAGGAAAAAUCCAAGAGGAGUGCUUAUUUCACCAGGGCCAGGCACACCCCAAGAUUCUGGAAUAUCGUUGCAGACUGUUUUGGAACUUGGACCUAUUGUUCCUUUAUUUGGUGUGUGUAUGGGUUUACAGUGCAUUGGAGAGGCUUUUGGAGGAAAGAUUGUACGUUCUCCGUAUGGUGUCGUGCAUGGAAAAAGUUCUCUUGUCUAUUAUGAUGAGAAGGGGGAAGAUAGCUUGUUCUCUGGGUUAUCAAACCCUUUCCUCGCUGGUAGAUAUCACAGCCUUGUAAUUGAAAAAGAUACUUUUCCUGAUGAAGAACUUGAGGUUACAGCAUGGACUGAGGAUGGACUAAUAAUGGCUGCACGUCACAAAAGACAUAAGCACUUGCUGGGGGUCCAAUUUCAUCCGGAGAGCAUUAUAACUACUGAAGGCAAGACAAUUGUCCACAAUUUCAUCAAACUGAUAGAGAGAAAGGAAGCUGAGUCUCAGAAUUAGCCAUAACUUGUCAUUGACACUAUAUUUGUUGCAAUAUAAGCUGAAAUAGAAGAAAACCCGAAAGCGUAGACCCUAGGGCUAGUUAUAUUACAUCCUUUAUAUGCAGGAGCCUGCUCUCCCUCAGUUAAGUUAUCCAUACCUUUGUGAAAUGUGUACCCUUUGUCAAGCACUUUCCUGGGUUAUUAGGUUUAGAACUGCAUAUCUUCUCCUGGUGGGUUCCUGGAAAGAUUACAUGAGGAAAGCUAGGGAGCUCAUGAUAUUUUUUUAUUACUUGUUGAUUGUAUGGGAAAAAAUUUACAACUUGUCCUUGAUGAAACCAGUGCAGAUGUUGAGUAGCCACAUAUUUCAAGGCUGAUAUUAUGUUUGGAACUAAUCAAUUGGAAGAGGGUUUUACUUA